AUCACGCGAGAUUCCCGACGGUUAACGGUCGCGGCGCUAAAUUUUUGCCCGCAGUUCGUUUUAAUUAAGUCUACACCCCCUAAAUGGCGCUUUUGAAAUCGGAAACGACUAUUCUGUUCGAAAGGAUAUAAUUCGCUAGUGUUUGUUCUGUCCUGGGGACGGGCUGCAAGUGGGUCAUGUGACGGUUCGGGAAGAUGGCGUCGCCGAGUGGGUCAUGUGACGGUCUGGGGAAGAUGGCGUCGCCGAGUGCGGGUGCAGAUUUGGAGCAGUCUUUGCUGAGCUUUGAGAAGUUGGAUAGAGCUUCACCAGAUUUAUGGCCAGAGCAAAUGCCAGGUGUAGCAGAAUUUGCAGCAUCUUUCAAAAGUCCUAUUACCAGCUCUCCACCCAAAUGGAUGGCAGAACUUGAAAAAGAUGAUAUUGAUAUGCUGAAAGAGUUGGGAAGUCUUACUACCGCAAACUUAAUGGAGAAGGUACGAGGGCUGCAGAAUCUUGCUUACCAGUUGGGUCUGGAUGAAUCACGAGAAAUGACCAGAGGAAAAUUUUUAAACAUUUUGGAACGACCCAAGAAAUAGCCGUAAAAUUCCAACUACUUGCUUCUGUGAGAAGAACCAGCACUUGUUUAGAGACAGUUACUGUCUACAGAUACCUCCUUUGACUUAUUCUUCACAUUUUCUGUUCAAACUGCCUAUAUAAUAGAGCAAGAUCAUACUUUGCGGAUGACAUACCUUUUAGCCUAUAAGGCAGAUUGCUUUUAAAUGGAAGUAGAGACCAUAGUUGAUACUUGGUUGGUGUAGAAAGCCAAAGUUUAGUUUGCCUCAUGUAUGUGAAAUAACAGUAUUGUUAUAUUUUGGUGAACUCAUCUAGAUGUAUUUCUUGUAAUAAGUUUACAAUCUGUUAUUCCCUUUUAACAUGCAAUGAAGUAAAUUUUGAUGUUGCAGUUGAGGUCACUCACAACAAUAGCACUUUAGUUCAAGACUUCUGAUUCAGCACAUGUCCACAUUUGGAUAUCAAAUAAUAAUAUGUCUGAUGAUAGGAGCAUUGCAAACAAAAUUGCCUAGAAGUAGAGUAAAAUGGCUUUCCACAAAGCCCACUUAUUUGUAUUAGACAGAAUAAUACAAAAUUGAACAUGUCUGAUUGUCUAAAAUUCUCUCUUACAGUUUGAGAGACUAUCUCAAAGCUUUGCUGUAUUUUUGCCUUUUAACACAUUACUGCCUAUGUUUUAUCAUAUGUUUAGUGAUAGAGCAUAUAAUAACUAUGUUGAAAUGGUUGUGCAUUGCAGUGGUACCCUAAGGUGUAAUAGAUCAACAGGCUUAGACUGGAGUGUGCAAAAAGAAAUCUGGUGCUGGCAUUAAAUUAUUAUUUCCAUCUAAAAAUGUUAUGGAACUGUGACUAACAAACAAGAUAAAUCUUUGAUAUUUUGCUCCAAAGAAAAAGCAAAGCUAACUUAAUUAUAAAGCAAUUAAAAAAGAUGUCAUGCCAAACAGAAAUAAUUUUGAUUGAGAAGAGAGAUCUGAAAGAUUUGAAAUUAUAAUCAUAGCUAAGAGUAUGUAUUGAUGUGCAUCAAGCAGGCUUGAUUACAUGAAUGGCUCAGGCUGGUGUUGCAAGGAAAUAAUUUCUAAUGUCUCUCUGAUUUAUUUCCCUUUUGGCAUCAGAACAGAACAUUAAGACAUAUUCAUUUAGUAACUUGGAGAAAGAUUUCUUUUGAUUUUAUUUGUCCUUCUUCCCCUUGGCCACGUGUCUCCUUCGUAGCUGACAAGGCUGUACUCUGUGUGACUUGCAGAAGUAUAAUUCAGGUGGGCUGCAAACUCCAUAAGUGGAUUAUUGAAUUUUGGGAGAGGGGUGGUAUUAAGAAAACAAAAUACUUUUAAACCAAAUUUUGAUUCAAAAUUUUAAACUUUAAGUGGAGAACGUGAAAGUAAGUAAGUUGUUGUACUUGAUCACAAUAUCACACAACCACGUGCGUACCACGGCUGUCAGGGACACAAAGCAAACCUAACUUUCCAUAUCAUAUUUCAGGUGUUGAUGCAUACGGUUCUGUUCAGCCCAAUAACAUCACCACAUUAUUUGGGUUUGGUCAGUGCAGUAUUCCAGUAAAAUGGAGACUAUCCUUUAAAGUUUCAGGCUUGGUAACUGAUGCACAAAGCUAAGCUGAAGUCUGAAUUUAGGACUGAGCUCUGGGAUAAAGUCACAGAGCAAUAGUGGAUAAAAUCACUGGAAACAUUGACCUAUAUAGUGGUCCAUAGCCUUACAUAUGAGGAGCUUAGGCCUUAAGUGAUUGCUUGUAAAGGGGUCUAACAUUUUGUUGUAGAUGUAGGAAUCAUUCAAGGCACCUGCUUCCACCUUUCAACAUUGUUCCACCUAUUAGGUUCAAGCUUUGUUUUGCAGAUGUUUUUGGAAUUUGAAAUCUGAUCUAGUUUCACAAGCAGUCUUGUGCACAAGAGUGAAAUGUUUCUAUUACAUAU